AAUAUUGUACGGUCUCUUUUCUUUUUUAAUUCUUCCUCUCUUGAGUUGAGAGAAAAUGGAAGAAAUGAGGAAGAAAGAAGAUGAGAAGGCGGCGAAGGAAGUGACUACGACGACGAAGAUCGUCGCCGGAGAGGACGACGAGUAUACGCCUGAUGAAAUCAUGAAGCUCGUUGAGUCAUCUUCACCGACAAUGACGACGACGGAUAUCGAAGGAACUAACUUUACCGGCGAGGGGGGUUUCAGAGUGAGGUUUAUCGACGAUCCGUACGCAGUUCCGGUGGUUGUUCAGUCAUCUUCCGGUUACAUCACGAUCAAUGUCAACGAGGAAAGCUGUGGUCCGUCGUUUUCAGACAGCGACUCUUCCGUCAUGGCAAGUGUCGACGCAAGUGGUUUGUUCGGUUGCUGUUUCGAAUACGGAGGCGAGAAAGGCGGCGCGUGGAGUACAAACGAGGUGAGAGCGAGUGAGUAUGAGUGGAACGACGAUAUGUUGGCGAGGUUUCUAGGUGAAGACUGUGUUUGACCGUUUUGUCGUAUUUUGGAGAAAACAUGAUAUUUAGGGGUAUUUUGGUCAUUUUGAUUGACGGUAAUUAUGGGAGAAAAGUGAAAAUGAUUUACACGUUGUUAAUAGGAGGAAGAAAAAUGGAAAAACCAG